GUUGAUGUGAACACGAUGGUGAUGACCGAAGCAAAAUGUCAACAAGUAUCUUCGCCUAUAAAAGGAUCUGAUCUGAGAAACGGAAAGACUGUGGAGAGAGACAGAAAGAACGGAAAAGAGAGCGGUGGAGAGUUUCAUCUCUCCUCAAUGGAAGGCGACGAACAGGUUCUCCCUUCGGCCACCGUCGCCGCCGUUGUUUCAACCGCCGGCCAUCCCACCGCCUCGCCUCCUCCGCUCGCUGAUCCUGUCGGCGCUCCCGGUCUCGCUGCUGCGUCGGACGACGUCGUUGCGGAACCCGAAAUUCACGCUCCGAUUUCAGACGAAGAGCAUGAACAUGAACAUGAACAUGACCACGGCAACGACAACGAUCACGAGCAUGACCUCCACGAGGACCAGGACCGCGAUCACGCUGCCGUGGCCUCUCUCUCCUUGGACGAUCUCAAGCUCAAGAUCGCUAAGCAGGUGGGGUAUUAUUUCAGCGAUGAAAACCUGCCCACCGAUAAGUAUCUGUUGGGUUUUGUCAAGAGGAACAAGGAAGGGUUUGUUCCUAUAUCAGUAAUUGCUUCUUUUAGAAAAAUGAAGAAGCUCACAAGAGACCAUGCACUCAUUGUUGAUGCACUGAAGGAGUCUUCAUUAUUUGUUGUUAGUGGUGACGGGAAAAGGGUCAAGCGGCUCAAUCCACUUCGUUUGAAUGAAUCUAGAGAUCAUAAGUUAUAUACUGUUCUGGUGGAGAAUUUGCCUGAGGAUCAUUCAAGGAAGAACAUUCAACAAAUAUUCCAUGAAGCUGGAAAUAUAAAGAGGAUAAGCAUUCAUGACCCUCAUUCUACCUCAGAGUCUGCAAGACAUAUCAAGCAAGACACGCUAAUUAGUAAUAAGUUGCAUGCUCUUGUGGAAUAUGAGUCUAUUGAGGCUGCUGAGAAAGCUGUGGCUAUGUUAAAUAAUGAACAGGACUGGAGAAAUGGCAUGCGUGUUAAACUACUCAAGCAAAUGGGGAAGUAUGGACACAAAAAACAAGCUUGGAAAGGAUCUAAUGCCGAAAAGAAUAGCUCAAGCCCUGUAUUUGAACAAACAGGAGAUGAGGAGAAUCAUGGCUCAAAUGAGCAUAAGGAAGAUACACACGAGGAAGAUGAUAAAGGUGGGCAGAGGUAUAGAAAUCAAGGAAGAUCAAGAAAACAUAAAUAUCGCUCCGGAAAUGGAAUGGGCCAUGGAAAUACACCAUCAACUCAUGCAGCUGAAGCAUCAAAGCCGCCUCCUGGGCCAAGAAUGCCUGAUGGAACACGGGGCUUUGCAAUUGGACGAGGUCGGCCUCCUGUCCCUGCUUCGAAUUAGCAAGAUUUGACUCCACACACGACGGAUUGUGUUUUAGCAGCAGUAUCUUCUCCAAUGUUUUAGUGAUGCACUAGUUUUAACUUGGCUUCCUAUGCGUAUUCGCUCGAGUCAACAAUGAAGGGUUUGUUGGACUGUUAAAUUUUGUAUCUCUGUCGGUGAAAGCAAGUAUUGGUGAAGUACAUACCCAUUAUAAGGUCAUUAGGUUGGGAAAGAUAGAACUGCUUUUGCUGUGGUAAUCCUCACCUCACGAGGAAUAUGUAACAAAAUCCUAUUGUUAAUGGGGAUGAAAGAAAGCUGUUUGAUACUAUUUGAAAUUU